AUGGCUUUGGUAUCAAAAGUAGUUGCUGCUGCUGACUUUGGCGGUACAUACAUUGGCUACGGCUACAUGUUUCUGCAGGAAAACACACCUGACCUAAGGUUUCCGGAAUGGGGUCCGGAUAAUUCCAGUAAAACUAGAUCGUGUGUUCUUCUGACUCCCGGAAAAGAAUUUCAUUCCUUGGGUGACGAGGCAGAGCGGAAAUAUACAGAACUUAGAUUAUCUGGAGAAUCACUGGCCUGGUUUUAUACGGAGAAUAUCAAAAAUAUUCUCAUCAAUUCCGAGGAUUAUGUGGCGUGUCAGAAUAGGCAGACAUUAGCCGUGGUGGACGUACUUGCUGAGAUUUUACGCUUCUUUUCCAGUCACCUAAUUGACAGGUGUAAUCAAGAACUCGGGGAGACAUUGGUCCCAGCAGAUGUUUUCUGGGUCAUCAAUCUACCAACGAGAGCAAGAGAGGACAUUGUCACAGUCCUUAAAUCUGCUGCGGGCAAAGCAGGCAUUUCCAUGGAUACACUAUACUUUAUCCCAGAAUCAGAAGCAAUAGUGGCAGCAGUCAGAAUACUCCACAAAGACAAAAAUAUCCCUGAAGAUGUACUCUGUGUCUGCGAUAUUGGUGGUUCAUCUGUUGAAGUAGUGAAACUUGGGAUAGAAAAAACGGGGACCAUUGCCAUCCUGGACUCAACAUACAGUAACGAGUGUGCGGGCCAGGGGCUCAACAAAUGUUUCCUUACAUUCCUGAGAAAUGUCCUUGGGUCUCAUGUGAUACAAGCUUUCGAGGAUUAUCUUCCAUUACAGAUGCUAGAGUUAAUGAGUUUAUUUGAACUAAGUAAAACCAACAUGACCCCAGAAUUCACCCGAAAGUUUGUUUUUGGAAUUCCUCCUGCCUUGGUAAAAAAAUUUAAAGUGUUUUCUCCAGCCUUUCGAGGUAUGGAGCUGUUUUCUCCAAGCUCUAAAUACGGUGACAAGGUCAUCAUGACCCAGAAGAGUAUGACGGCAGAUGAAUCUGUCCUAUGGCCUGUUCUCAAAGACGCGGUAGAAAACGUCACAGAGUAUCUUCAAAUGGCAUUCAAAAAAUUAAACUUAGCCCCUUCAACAACAGUCAUAAUCACUGGGGGUUUCUCUAAGUACUGGAAGCUACGUGAUCUGAUGAAGCGAAAGUUCUCCAGACAGCGUAUGUUUUACAUAGACACACCUGCAGAAGCACCACUUAUAGGAGCGGUUAUGGUUGCCAAGGAGAUGGAGUCUAAUAAAGCAUUUCAAAUUUUACCGGCAGAGAUCCAACAGAUGUCCGGCGACGAGUGUGAUGUUAUUUUAAAGUCACUACAACGAAGUCAGUUUGCUGCAAACGAGGUCAAAAUCAACGUCAUCGGUCAUGUGGGAUCCGAACCUAAACUGCUCAUCAGAAGUUUUGUCAUGGGAGUUAAAAGAGAAACUAAGAAAGUUAAAGAAGAUCUGUGCAUAUUUAUUGGCCGACGAAAACAUUCAGUAAAGAAAAAAGAUGGAUCGGAUUCUUCUCUUACUACAUUCAUGAUACCUGUUGCUCAUCAUUGGAAAUCUUUGUACAUGAAUGGUAAAAGCUUCAGUAACACCAGCCACAAAAUCACGAGAUUGCCCGGACCUUCUGAAUCUUAUCAGGCUAUCUAUAGAUCUCAGGGCAGAAAAAAGGACACCAUUGAUAAACAGCGCGAAUCUCCCGAUCUAAGUCCCACACCACGGCAGCUGGGGGUGCAUCAAGACCAGAAUGUAGAGCAGCUAUAUCCUGUCCACAUUCGAGAGUUUGGCUCCGAGUGGGAGCUAUUCCAAGGCCGACAAUCUUUGUUGGAUUGGAGACCGGUGUACGUCCUUUUGUACAGUGUGGGACUUAUCACUACAGAAACUGUACAAGAUCGAGAAAACAGCCUCAGCUCAGGCCGUACAUCACUGCUAGAUUUCCUCAUAACAUGGAUUCAGACGAUUUACAUGUUCACAGCCAGAACUAAACAGGGACAUCCGCACAUAGUAGUGUACGGAACACACCUUAACAAACACGCAGAGACACUGGUUCGUUCUCGAUCUGACAUCAUGAUUCGGCAGCUGAACAAAUAUUUUGCUGGGACGCCUGUGCGUGAAUGGUUAAUCUUGGAUCCACUCCUCCGUGGAAAUGUUGAGGACGAACGAGACCCUGGCAUAGAGCGGCUACGACAAAUCACAAUGGAUAUUGCUAACAACCGUCACACGAUAGAACUGUUUCCCAGAAACUGGGUGACGUUUUAUGAUCGCCUAAUGUCGAAGAAAAGAGAGGGCCAAAAGGUUAUUUCGUCGAAUCUCCUCAGAAAGUACAAUAUACAACAUGGCGAAUCACUAGGUGCGCUGGAACUUGAGGUGUUCCUAAAGUACCACGUGUCUGUCGGAAACCUGCUGGACUUCCAUCACAUGGAUCACCAAGACUAUAUUUUUCUGGAUCCCAGUGUCAUCUCUGAAGAGCUUCAUGUGAUACAUAGCAUAGAAAAGAACAGCAAUCAGACAAAGUUGUCUUAUAAACAUGCUGCAAUCCAAAACUCUACAUUAUUGCAGUAUCUAGCCAGAGAGAAGGCCCGGGACCAGGGGCAGGGCACUGAGAAGAACCAGAGACAGGUUAUACUAAGUGCCUUGCUUGAUUUUGGUCUGAUGGUUAAGCCUGUAUUGUAUGACUCUCAUGGAAAUCCUAUUGACCCUGACUACCUCAUCAUGCCAUAUUCCCUCCCAACCAUGAAUACUUCAUCACUACGAGAGAAGCUGUUUUCCGAGAAGAAAUGCAUCGCAAUGAGAUUCCGAGUCUAUGGUUAUCUGCCCCUAGCUGUGUUCCAGCGACUUCUCUCUUCCGCUGUCUCGUUGUGGUCAGUCAUGAAUUAUUCCGCUAAGCCUCUUUUGAUGUCUAAUCUUGGAGCUUUCUCAUUGGACAAUUACCACCGCCUCAUUUUGGCAAGUCACUUCAAUACUAUUGACGUUUACAUUUACCAUAAAACUGCCAGUAGACAUAUAAAUCCAAGUGUCACUCGAAAUGUACGCCAUUUUCUGGAACUGAAUCUUCGGCGCAUUUUAUGCGUGACAUCGUUAGUGAGGCAGACGACACAGUUUGUUCAUAGCAAAGAAGAUGACGUCAUACACAUUACCACGAAAGAAAAGAACGAAACAGAGGUAAAGGUUAAUGAAAACAUCUAUGUAGCGGAGUUGGCAACAUGUAAUUCUUUUACAUCCUGCUUUGCAACAGUGGAUGAAUUGCGGAACAAGGAAGAGUGGAAAUGUGAAAAGCAUACUGUGGGUGGAGAAUCCCCUGAUCUCCUAGGUGUUUGGUAUCCAGUUAAGGAGAAUUUCUUGGAUCCUGUACACAUUGGUAGAUGUGAGGCGACCUGCAAAGGACUAAAGGAGUACCUGCUGACAAAAGCCCCGUCUGAACAGCUGCUAGGUAGGCUAGCGAGGCGACUUGACCCGGAGAUUAUUUCAACCAUCGCACAGCGACUAGGCUUGACGUACUCCGAGCUUAGGCGAGUCCGGGAGCUGACGCUGGAGUCUACAGUAUGGCGGCGCUCCUUCCAGACUCUCCAUACUGUUAUAAACAAACAUAAUCUAACUGUCGGUCAGCUGCAGGAAGCUGUUAUGGCAGAGGGAGUGGAGAAACACAUCAUUUGUCAGGGAUUUAGAAUUCAUCAUGAAACUGGUGACAUCCCAGAGAAAUAUCUAGAGCGCAGUGUGAGCAGACGAGAAUUGGCAGCCAUUGCUUUGAAUAUCGAUAGGGACAUAUUUCCGUUGGCUGUCGAACUCGAUAUUUCAUCAGAAGACAUCUUGUCUAUUCUACAGAGACCAAUCGAACGCGACCCAACAUCAACUAUCCGAGACGUCUUAUCACAGUGGUACUUGUAUUCUGAGUUCAAACCUACGUUCAGAGUUCUUGUUACAGCAUUGCUCGAGGUCGGAUUCGAUUUAGUGUGCGCAACUAACGCUGUCGACCAAAGCACUAACAAUGAUCUAUUUUAAGUACAGAUAUACCGUACAAAGUACCGAAUUUAGUCUUGCUACGUAUAAAUAACAUUCUAUUCGUUCUCAUAGUUCAAACCACAUUGAAAUCUCUGUGUCACUUCUUGACUCUGCCCCGCUGGAGAAUCAAGGCACACGUCGAUAAAAUGUCUGGCUCAAUUUAAUUCAACCCAUAUAUUUAAUCAAUAUAGGAACAUCCAAAUUUUAUAUAUUUUAUGCUGAUUCACUCCCAAAGGGAAACAACUCACUCCCAAAGGGAAACGGCUCACUCCCAUGGGAAACAGCUCGCUCUCAUAGGGAAACUGAUCACUCCCUUAGGGAAACAGCUCACUCCCAAAGGAAAACGGCUCGCUCUCAUAGGGAAACAGCUCACUCCCUUAGGGAAACAUCUCACUCCCAAAGGGAAACAGCUCACUCCCAAAGUGAAAAUCCAAUUUUAAGCAUAAUUAGGAUUCGUACACGUAGUUUUUGUUUUUAAAAACAGUAAUUCAUUCAAAUCUAAAAUAGUUUCGUGGUAGAUAUAAUUUGCCUUACGAUUUAUCUUACCGGGCUCAUAGUGGGUGUGACCGGUCAACAGGGGUUACUCACUCCUAGGAAUCACCCUCUCUGCCUGUUCUUCCUAUGGCUAUUUGGCCAAAGUUAAAUGUAACGGAAAUACUUUAGAAUCUCAGACUUGGCACUUUGCUAUUGUCAGACGGUGUGUCACAACCCUGGUGCAAGCUGAUUUAGCCAUAUUUGUCCAUAGAUUUAUAAUGGAUGGACAUUAAAAGCUCACACUAGGCUCAUAACUUAUUGCAAGUUAGUGAUUACUUGGCUAAUGUCAUUCGUAAAAAAGUUUUAUCAGUGCCUUAACUUUGAAAAGGAUAUGAUUAGAAGUUCAGAAACGUUGCUAAUGAUCCGGUGAUGUUUGACGACUGUGAUAUAACUGUAAUACAGAGACAUUAGAAACGCGAACAUAGAACACAGGUUGCUUUAUAUGCCUAAAUGGUGUGUCAUGGUUACGUAGCCAAUUAAAACCACAGUGUGCAUCAUUACUACAUAUGUAUGUAAUGCAGAAAUUUACACAGGCGGCAAUAGUCUGGACAGGUCUGGUUUUGAAUAGAAUUGAUUCUGAAAUGUUGGUUCUGAUAGCGCCUUUUAUUUUGGUACCACGCGCAAUGCUACCACAGCACUGAAGUUUACCUUGCAAGCCAUUUGUUUGUAAACUCAUCAAUAGUUAUGUCCUGAAUUUUUCGUGCUAAAUUUUUCAUUCAAGUCCAUUGAACUGGAACAAUGUGAAAUAUUAUAUUCAGUACAUUGUGUUUGUAUACAGUACAUUGUGUUUGAACUCGCGUUGUUUUUUUUUUAAACCCAUGCAGAUUGCACCUGUAUAAUGUAUAAAAGAAUUGCUACUAAAUAACUAAUUCUUUAAGGGCCUGCAAAUCGUUGAUAACCUUCAUUAUUUCAAUGAAUAUGUCUUUGUUAAACGCUUUUCCACAUGUUUUACUCGGGGAAAUGUUUUAAAGCAGGUUUCCGAUUCUCAAAGUCUCAGCAACAGUCCUUGUUUUUAAAAGUGAUCGACCAUUAGAGACGAUAAGCUUUAAUAAAUUCUGCGUGUAAUAUAUUGAUCCGCCGCAUUCGUUGUGACACUUAAGUUUGCCCCUAGAAUUAUCAUUGCUUGCGUGAAUUACAAGAUUUUUUAAAAUCAUAAUAUUGUACAUUAACUGUGAUUCCUCGUGCUGACAUUCUAUUGUCGUGGUAUGUGGCCUUGACGUGUGACGCCUCUGCCACAGUGUUCAUCAAUGUACCACUCCCCGACACGAGAAGCACCUGACAUCGAUCUUUUCCAGCAUCCAUUUCUUCCAAUGCAAUCUACUCUGGGAAUGUUACUCUAUUUGAAAACUCUGAAAAUAUCACCAGACGUUUCAAUGAACGGUUUAUCAUGCUUGGACAUUUUGAUACUCAUAUCGAAUGAGACAAUGUUGCUUCUCUGAAUGAUAAAUUAUUAUAACUCAUGGGACUUCACUGAUCGCCUAGAACAUUUGAAGUUUAAUAGACAAUUAUAAAAUUGUGACAAUUCAAGUGGAAGGCAAACAGGAUUAUGGCCACUACAGAUCUGAGGCAGUGGAAUACAUUUCUAUCUGAACGGUUCGCAGUCAGCACCAUCCUCCAGUGUUGCUAUGUUGUAGUGGGUGUCUUGGGGAACUUUCUUGUUAUCAUGAUGUAUAGAUUUAAGAUGAGGAACCAGAAAGAGGACCGCUUCUUUAUCCCUGUACUGGCGGUGGUGGAUCUGACUGGCUGUGUAACCUCAGCCUCGCUAUCACUCACCCAGAACCUGUUCCCGGUGAUGUUUCCCGCGGACGUUGUCUGUAAGUUCCUAUUUUUCAGUACUUCAGUGACAAUCAUUAGCUCUCUGCUCCUCCUGUUCGUGAUCUCAGUUCAGCGGUACCAGAAGAUCUGUCGGCCGUUUGGUUGGCAGAUGACGGAGCGGCAUAAGUAUUGUUGUGUAGCACUGACGGUGUUUUGUGCUGGACUGUUAUCUGUCCCUGUCCUUGUCCUGUAUGGUAACCACCCCAUACAUAAAACUAACAUCACAGGGGUUGUUUGUGGAGUCGGUACUGGCAAACACACUGAUUUGGCUGUUUACAAUUACGUUAUCUUGAGUCUAGAAUGCAUCGCCGUAGGAAUAAUGUCUUUCCUGUACUUUUUGGUCGGUAAGAGAGUUUUCUACAGUUUUAAAAGUAUGAAAAGUUACAAGCGUAAAUUUUCAAUAUCAAAGAAUUCCAAUGCAGCAGUACACUGUCCGUCAGAAGAUGAAAGUUUUAUAUCAAAGGAGAGCGCUGAAAUCAAAAACAAAGACGAAGAGAAACGUGACGAAACCCAGCUAAGGACGGAAAAUGCAGUAGUCAUCAGCAAAGAGAAUAAAAACUCUGAAUCCAUUCCAAGUGGCGGGAGCAACACCGGCACAGAGACAAUGUCAAGGCCCACAACUAAAAAAACAAUGGGGAUCGAGAGGGUUCUGGACAGGGGCGUUGAUAUCAAUGACCAUGACCCACGGGGAACUGGUCUCACAGAAUCCUUAGCAGAGGGCGGCCCCAUUUUCUCAUUGGAGGCGGUGGAUGCUCAAGAUAAUUCUUGUGCUGAGGAAGUCGGUCCUGUAGAAAAAGACAUUGUCGAUGUGUAUAAGUCUUCUAACAACAAGGAGAACAAGAUGUCGAAACAAAUCAGAAAUCAGAAUGUUCCGUUUCUCAGUAGCAAGAGAAACGAAAGCGUUCCCGUUUUUGAAAAGCAAAGGAACCUAAGCACAACGUCUUUUAGUAAAAGAAAGAAUCAAAGUGCACCCUCCUUUCAAAAAAACAGAAAUCAAAGUGUGUCAUCUUUCAAGAAGGACCGGAAAACUUCAAAUGUUGAUUCUAUAUCUAGUAACAAAAACAGUUGUGCGGUCCAUCGUUAUACUAUAAUGUUCAUCGUCAUAUCGUUCGUUGCUAUCGUUACUUACAUUCCUCCGUGGAUAUUCAUCAUAAUGGAGACGCAGGACCACGAAUUCUGGAGUGGUCUAACAUACGGCGAAAGCAUGACUUUUCUCAUUAUCCGGCGGAUUUACAUCAUCAACCAUGUGGUCAAUCCUGUCAUAUAUGGACUUUUUGACGGGCGUUUCCGGUACGCACUUAAAAAAAUGCUCUGUCCAAAAGUGGAUAUCAACUUUUAAGGAAAAUUCAUAAUUAGAAAAGUUACAAUCAUUUUACUUUCGUUUAAAAUACUUGUUGUUUUGAUAUUGGUUUUGUAUUUGAUAGCCUUAUGUUUAUAUUGCCUGAGUCAAUGUUAUAUCGCCGGUGUUUAGAUUAUGACUGUCAUGAAAAAGUUGAACGUGUGUGAUUUAUAAAGAGUAGAAGUUGC